AACAAUUCCACCAACAACAAUUCCAUCAACAACAUCUCCAUCAACAACACUGUCAGCACCAGGAAUAUUCUAUCAGUUCAGCUCAGCUGCAGGAGACACUGAAGGUUUUGUUAAUAGCAGUGAUUAUGUUGCCUUCUCCACUCCAUUUGUGUUCUUUGGCCACACAUACAACCACACAUACGUUAAUAAUAAUGGACUCCUUACAUUCAACCAACCUUUACCACAAUCUCUGCCUUACUACAUUCCCAAAAAUGGAACUGAAGAUUUCAUUGCUCCGCUCUGGACAAAUCUUGUCAGCUUUGGAUUGGGCAAAUACUGGUAUCAGCAGUACACUAAUGGAAGUGUGCUCACUCACGCCACUCAGGACAUAAACCGGUAUUUCCCUCAGAGGGGUUUCACUGCUUCUUGGGUCUUUGUUGCAACAUGGGAUUUUGCUCAAACAUCGAACGCAACUAUAAUUAAUCACACAGCACCGGCAAUCACGUUUCAAGUGGUUUUAAUUUCAGGAGGUGGUUUUUCUUUCAUUCUGAUGAAUUAUGGUGACUGUGCUGAGAUAUCUUCUCCAGUAGAGGCUGGAUUUGACACCAUAAACUCCACUGACUACUAUCUAAUUCAUUAUGCAACCAAUGGCAGCUACAUCCCAAACCUCAAGAACACGACUAACGUAAACGUCCCGGGCCGUUGGGCCUUUCUUGUGAACAGAGGAUCAGCACCAGAAAUAUUCUACCCAUUCGGCUCUUCAGGAGACACAAGAAACACUGCUGUUGAUGAUGGAGGCUCCUCAGUUAUUCCACUGUUGAGUCCAUUUCUGUUCUUUGGUCGCACAUACCAGCAGAUUUAUGUGAAUAAUAAUGGACACCUCACAUUCAACCAGCCUUUAUCACAGUUUGUUCCCUUCUCCUUUCCUGCUUAUGGAAUCCAAGAUAUAAUUGCUGGUCUCUGGACCGACCUUGACAACCGUGCGAGAGGAGUGGUUUCAUAUCGUCAGUACACUAAUGGAAGUGUUCUCACACGCGCCACUCUGGAUAUAAACAAUCAUUUCCCAAAUCUGACCUUCAGCGCUUCCUGGGUCUUUGUUGCAACAUGGGAUAAAGUUGCUUACUUUCCCUUCACUAACACAGAAACAUCGUUUCAAGUGGUUUUAAUUUCAGGCAGUAAUUUUUCAUUUAUUCUGAUGAAUUAUGGUGACAUCGCUGUAACAGGACUUCAAGUGGAGGCUGGUUAUGACACCGUAAACUCCUUUGACUACUUUGUGAUUCCUGGAUCAAUUAACGGGAGCUUCAUCUCAAACCUCAAGAACUCCAGUAAUGUCAAUGUUCCCGGUCGAUGGGCCUUCAGGGUGGACAGUGGACACAGCACCUCUAAAAAAAACGUCAUUGGACUUCGAGUGAGACUUUCCUCAGUUUUUGAUCUAACACAGUAUGGAAACAUUACGAUUCUACAGCAAAUAAAACAGGAGCUGAUCAAGUUUGGUCUGCCAAGAAACAUAGAGCUGAACUUAAGAAAACUGCAAAAGAUAACGCCGUAAAUUCAGUCUCCUUUAGGAAAAGAAAUAAAACAGUCCUGUUCACUGACAGAAAAUAUCUCAUUGACCAUGUGAAGUUUGUGAAGACCCCAGUUUUACAUUAUUGUGGUUUUAUUUGAAGGAUUAAAGCUUCAAAAGAAACAUAAAACACCAUGAAAGUGGUCUUACAGUAGCUCUGUGUGAAGAACAGACUGAAAUUUCAGCCAUUCAGAUGUAUAACAUACUGACAUCCACUCUAGAUUUCCUUGUAUGCUCACAAGUUCACUGAUGUGAUGAUAUCCAUUUUGACAAAAGCAAUCUUUCGAUUCAAAUCUUUUUAGUAAAUCAGCUGAUGUUGUUACUAACCUAAUGAUUGAUUUAAUCACAAAUGGGACUGAUCUAUUUUCAUUCAUGCAAACAUUAUAUUUCACAAAAGCUUCUUUAUAGUGGGAAAAAGGUUUUUUUAUAUUUUUAACAUGUUCUUCAGACUUAGGUAAAAAAAAAGUUUUUUUUCUUGUUGGAAACCAGUGUGUUCAGAAAAAGGAAUGUCACUCAACGGGAAGGAGAACACUCUGUUUAUAACAUCCACACACUUUAGUAAUCAGAACUGAUCCUCCUCUUUGUCUCGUCAUGCUUUGUGUUAUCAAAAGUCUGGAGCAGCAGUUUUCAACUAACCGGAUCUGAACUAUGUGAAAGAUGAAAGUAAAACCUGUAAACUCUAUAGCUUUAACCAAAACUUACAUAAGAAAAAAAAUAAAAUACUUUGCUUAAUUGUAACUACUUACUUUCACUUUUAAACACCCUGAAGCGUCUCGGUGGUGAGAACUUUCAGAAGCAGAUUACAGUACAUCAAUGUAAAAUGGUUUUAAACAUCAUUGUAUUAUUAAAAAAUAGACAUGAGGAUUUGACUGUAAGCUAAUCAACACAAUAUAAUAUCAUGAAAUCACCUCAUUUGUUGAGUUUGUUUUGCACUGUGUUCUGUUCAGUUCAUCUGUUGCCACAGUGUUUGAUUUGCUCUCAUGUGUUACACUUGUGUCUUGUUAAUUAUCUUGUUCAGUUCCUGGUGCUCCCUCUUUAUAUAUGGCACUGUAUUUGUUUCAGUCCUUGUCCAUUCUCGUCUUUAAAAAGUGGUUGUUUUGUCUCCUGUGUUUUUGUCCUAAAUAUCCUGUAGAAUUGUACUUUUUAAGUUUGAAGAACUCUGUGACUCCUGACUUUAUUUUCACUGCUUAUUUUCUUGUGUGUUAUUGGUACCAUUUUAAUGUCAAUAAACUUCACAUAAUCUACUAAAAAAAAGCUUUUGUUUUUAA